AUGACUGAAACGGGGGGUGGAGAGUGGGACGAGGAGGACGAAGAGGAAUUCGACGAAGACGAGGAGGAGCAUUGGGAAGAGGAAGAGGAGGAGGUGGAGGAGAGGGUGGAGACGGUCCAAGUUCAGGCGAGGUUGUAUGAAGAUUCCUCGGGAUACAGCGAAGGAGAUGAGCAGGAGGCCAAGGCUCAUGCGGCGCAUCAGGCGGAAGAAGAGAAGAAGCAGGAGAACCAGCAUCAACAGCCGCUGCAGUGGUUGGCGGAAGGAGCUGCUGCUGCGUUAAAGGGAGCUGUGGAGGGAGGUGUUGUGGCUGCUGCGGUGGGGGCUGUGCUUGAGGCGAGUCAGUCCGCGGAGGAGCAUUCGGAGAGUGAUGCGCGGGAGAAGGGCGAGGAGUAUUCCGCCACCAUGCAGGUCGCCAUGGGGAACACAGCGCUGGUGUACCGUCACGAGCUGGGCAUGAACUAUGCGCGCGUGCUGCCCAAUCUCAUCGUCGGCUCCUGCCUGCAGGCAAGUGCCCUUGCUUGCCGCCUCUACUACUACCUCAACUCUCUUUCCCCUACCACCUUUUCCCCCUUGGAUCUGGACCACCUUCGGGACGUGGAGGGCGUGGGGGCGGUGCAGUGCCUGCAGCGUGACUCUGACCUCGAUUACUUCGAUCUGGAUAUCAACCCGAUCAUCGAGCGGGCGGCAGAGCGCGGCGACAUUCGGCACUUGUGGACGGAAAUCAGCUGCCAAGGGCUGUUCCACGCCACAGCACUGCAUCUUGGCUGUCCCAUCUUCCCAUCUCGUUCCUCCUUCCCUUUCUUCUCUCUGUCACUUGAACCAUCCCAACCUUCCCACCCGCCCCGUUCUCCCAGGGACUUUGACCCCUUUGAUCUGCGCAUGCAGCUGCCAAGGGCUGUAGCAGCGCUGCACAAGGCAGUGAUGGAGUGUGGAACUGCGUAUGUGCACUGCACUGCCGGCCUCGGCAGGGCCCCGGCUGUAGCGCUUGCCUAUAUGUGGUGGAUGCGCGACCUUCAACUGGAAGAGGCAAAUGAAAUCCUGCAGCUAACGGGCAAUCCCCUGGAGCAAGUGGAGAUCAACUGGAGGAACCGAGGAGUCAAUGAGACCGUGGAGGUGGCGGGGCUGGAUGUCGGCUGGCACCAUAUCGGCACAUACUAUUACAAGCAUAUCGUGAACGGCACACACUGGUCAUACAACCCCGAUGCGCCUCUCACUCCACCCGAUCGUGACUACAAUGUCAACAACUACAUCGAGGUCGUGGGCUCUUCGCUUGACCCAGCAGCACGUGACCUGCGGAAGAGGAUUAUGCAGGAAGGGGCUCCUCUAACCCAAGAAGAUAGAGCAGCAGUGGUUGCCAAGAUUAUUGAGAUCGCAGGGACUUGGUAG